AUGGCUCCCCACAAAAAGAGAGCCCCCUCAAAACCCACGCGAACCAUCCCCUCCACAUCCCCACCUACCGCAAUCAAGCCCUUCAACAAAGCGGAUAUCCGCCUCCUCCUCCAACAACUCCAGACCCUCCCGGCAGACGUCCAGACGUGGCCGCUCCCCUCCCGGCUCUCCCUCCUACGCGGCGACACCAUAACCCUAUGCCUAACCUCCCGCGACCCGGCCACAAAACACAUCAUCUCCCACCCCGUCAUCGACGUCCCGAAGUACGCGCUCAUGGCCGUCUCCCAGCCCAUCCUCCUGCAUCUCGCGAAGACGAAUCCGCGUGCGCAAUCCAUCGCGUUCUUCGUCCGCAGCGGGCUAAGUAAAGCGCAGCUUUCAGUCCACGAAGCCGCGCUCCGCGCUCUCGCGCACUGGCUCGCUGCGCUGUGCUCGCCGGCGCCGGUCCCGCUGCAGGUGCCGUCUUUCUUCGCGCCGUCUUUCUUCGCGGAGGUCGCGCUGAGGCACCUGGCGCGGAAGCUGGAGAUGGGUCUUUAUGUUAUGCAUCUGGUUUCUAGGUUCGUGGGGGAUGCGAUAGGAGGAUGCUUGGAGGGGUGGCAGGUUACGGAGUUGGUGAAGAGUUGUGUUGGGGAGGAUGAUCCUAUGCUUUUGGGGUUGGCCGGGGGGAUGGCGAGGGCGAGGGCGAGGGCGAGGGAGGGUGGGGAGGAGGGGGUAAGGAAGAGGAUACGGGAGUUUUUAGGGAGGGCGGAGAAUAGGAUGCUCAGAAUAGCUGUGGUGAGGAUGGAGGAGCAGGAGAAGGCGAAAAGGAGGCUGUUUAGUGAGGUGGUGGAGGUAAAGGAUGAAGAGGUGUAG